AUGGAUUCACUAAUGAGCAAUUUAGGACCAAAUGUAGACCUGCUGAUCGUGUACCACUGCUGUCAGAAGAGUAUGGAGGUGUCGAAGCAGGUGCUUGACCUGCACUUCACACUGCGCACACACUUCGCUCCCUUCUUCAAAGACCGCUGCUUUGACAAGAAGGCAGAGUUCGCUUUUACUACAGUAUUAUGUGCCCCUCUUCCCACGGUGACGUCAGAAGGCUACCGAGUAGUAUACUUCCGUCUGGCAGACCCUGACCCUCGAAAUUUCAACCUGCUGGAAGCCGUCAGGACUUUCAUGAUGGUCUUCGAUAUGUGGCAGUAUGAGGAAGGCACUUGGCCAGGUUUCGUGAUCCUCAUUGACAUGGAGACAGCUACCCUGGGACACAUCGCGAGGCUGGACCUCAUGGUUGUUAAGAAAGUUCUAUAUUUCCUGCAGGAGUGCAUGUUCGUAAAACUAAAAGGAGUUCACUUCAUGAACGCGCCGUACUUCAUGGACAAGCUGUUGUCUCUCAUCAGGCCGUACCUUAGGAAGGAUUUGAUGCACCUGGUGAACACCCACAAGACUGGUGCAGACUCCAUUGAGAAUCUCAUCCCACAGAAGGCACUUCCUAAAGAAGCUGGUGGGGAGUACAAGGAUUUUGAUACUUUGAGAGAGGAACUAUUUAAGCGUUUAAGAGCGAAUACAGUGUUUAUCCGGGAUGAGAACAGACGCCGCGUGAACGAGUCUCUCCGACCUGCUGGCAAGCCCUCGCCGGCUGAGAAGGAGUUCGGGCUUCAAGGCAGCUUCAAGAAAUUAGAGUUAGAUUAGGUCUGGUUUAGGGAUGAAUUAAUUGCUAGGAAUAAAUAUUUUAUUUAAAU